GAUUGGGUCCAACACCAGCCGCCGCCAUGUCGAAGCGAGGCAGGGGAGGUUCGGCGGGGAACAAGUUCCGCAUGUCGCUGGGUCUGCCAGUGGCCGCGACGGUGAACUGCGCGGACAACACCGGCGCCAAGAACCUCUACAUCAUCUCCGUCAAGGGCAUCAAGGGCCGCCUCAAUCGCCUCCCGUCCGCCUGCGUUGGCGACAUGGUCAUGGCCACCGUCAAGAAGGGGAAGCCCGACCUCAGGAAGAAGGUGAUGCCCGCCGUCAUCGUCCGCCAGCGCAAGCCGUGGCGCCGCAAGGACGGGGUCUACAUGUACUUCGAAGAUAAUGCUGGAGUGAUUGUGAAUCCCAAGGGUGAGAUGAAAGGUUCCGCUAUCACUGGACCUAUCGGCAAGGAGUGUGCUGAUCUUUGGCCUAGGAUUGCUAGCGCAGCAAACGCCAUUGUUUGAGAGCUUGUUGGAAUAUGUUCAGACUUCUAUAUGAUCAUCUUAUUAUCAGUUGCUAGACUGCAAUUGGGCUUAUGUUUGUUCACUCAAUUUUGUAGUAAACAGAAUUUGGUAUACCAAGGGGAUCUAUAUAACAAUGUAUGCCAUAAAUUUUC